GAACCGUCGGCACCUCCAGCAAAUGUUUCAGCAUUCAACAAGACUUCAACCAGCAUUUUGGUCACGUGGGAUGAGGUACCUAAUGGUAAAAGAAACGGCCGUAUUCAUCACUACAAAGUAGAAUACAAGUAUGAGCAUGACAAUUAUACGCAGAACAAAGAAGUCGACGGCUUGAUUCGUUAUUUGAAGAUUGAAAACUUGGAAAAGAACGCCUAUUAUAACAUUACAGUGUCAGCCGCCACUAACAGAGGAUAUGGACCUGCCAGUGAACCAUUGUCAGUAGCUACGGAGCAGGACAGUAAG